GAACGCAGCUGGCGCGGGAGCUUACUACUCCCGAGGAUUCCUAGGGCAGCCCGCGCUGGUUGCCAUGGCAACCCCACGCUCCUGGCGGAGCCGGCGCGCGCCGCGGGGUGCAGUCACUGCCGGAAGUGACGUGUUUCACCUGCCAAGCGAGGGUGGGGUGGGACGGGGGUGCGGAGGUGCCGCUGCCGCCAGCCAGUCGGGAGCGCGCAGGCACCGGGCGACUGAUUCCCCGGGUGAGAGCCGCCUACCUUCAGUUACCGCCCACGGCCGGGCCGCCACCAUGGCGCUUCUGCUGCGCUUCGUUCUCUUGUGCGGAGUCGCGGAUUUUACCAGAAGUUUGAGUAUCACUACUCCUGAUCAGAUGAUUGAAAAGGCCAAAGGGGAAACUGCUUAUUUGCCAUGCAAAUUUACCCUUAGUCCAGAAGACCAGGGACCACUGGAUAUCGAAUGGCUGCUAUCACCAGCUGAUAAUCAGAAAGUGGAUCAAGUGAUUAUUUUAUAUUCUGGAGACAAAAUUUAUGAUGACUACUAUCAAGAUCUGAAAGGACGGGUACAUUUUACAAGUAGUGACCUCAAAUCUGGUGACGCAUCAAUAAAUGUAACAAAUUUACGGUUGUCGGAUAUUGGGACAUAUCAGUGCAAAGUGAAAAAAGCUCCUGGUGUUGGAAAUAAGAAGAUUCAGCUGACAGUUCUUGUUAAGCCUUCAGGUAUAAGAUGUUAUGUCGAUGGAUCAGAAGAAAUUGGAAAUGACUUUAAACUAAAAUGUGAACCAAAAGAAGGUUCACUUCCAUUACAAUAUGAAUGGCAGAAAUUGUCCAACUCCCAGAAACUGCCCGCCUUAUGGUUACCAGACAUGAAUUCACCUGUUAUAUCUGUAAAAAAUGCCUCUACUGAGUACUCUGGGACCUACAGUUGUACAGUCACAAACAGAGUAGGCUCUGAUCAAUGCCAGCUACACCUGAAUGUUGUUCCACCUUCAAAUAGAGCUGGAACAAUUGCAGGAGCUAUUGUAGGAAUUUUGCUUGCUCUAGUGCUCAUUGGUCUUACCGUCUUUUGCUGUCGUAAAAAGCGCAGAGAAGAAAAAUAUGAAAAGGAAGUUCAUCACGAUAUCAGGGAAGACGUGCCUCCUCCAAAGAGCCGUACAUCCACUGCCAGGAGCUACAUGGGCAGCAAUCACUCAUCCCUGGGCUCCAUGUCUCCUUCCAACAUGGAAGGAUAUUCCAAGACUCAAUAUAACCAAGUACCAAGUGAAGACUUUGAACGCGCUCCUCAGAGUCCGACUCUCCCACCUGCUAAGUCUUACCAGUAUUCCCCUCUUCGAGAACCCCCAAAAUUUCUUAUCACGGUUACACUGACCAGUUUAUUCAGGCAAAUAACUAUGCCAUGGAGUGGUUACAAUGGAAACACAGCCUGUGUGUGUCUUGGGAGGAGUUCAUUGAAGAAAUGCAAUUAGAUUAUGGAUAUGAAGAAAUACCUGAUUUUGUUAAAAUAAUUUUUAAAGAUUGAGUUCUGGAAAUUUGGAGCAAAUGAAGGGCAAGUAAACAUUUUGAUUAAAUAUAGAAAGAACUCAUUGCAUGAAGUUGGAUAUCCAAUUCUGUAAUGUAUGGCUUCUUAAAAUAACUGUUCUGUCUUUUUGUGUGCGUGCGGCAUGUAAAUUUGAAGUUUUCUGAAUGUUUAAGGUUUAUUUCUAAUCAUCUCCACAGUGUUUCGGGCUGUUGGAUGCCUUAUUCCAGUGUGAAUAGAAAAAACAAACAUUUUAUGUGGUUAAUGCUUUUGAUGUGUCACGUUAAGGAGUAGUUUGUAGAAAGUGUUGGCACAACUUUAACUUUUUAGUGGCUUGUGACAUUAUAUAUAUAUAUGUACAUAUACCUUUGUAAUAUUCUUGUGUUUGGUAGUAUAAAUGUUCUGGGCAAGUUUUAAUAUUUCCAAUGCCUUUAGAUAGUCUUGCAAUAGAGGCAACACAUUCUGCAGAUGGAGUUUUUACUCGUUUGCCUAUUUUGACACUAAAAAAGGUCCAUAACUGAGCACAAAUUCUACAAUGUUACAGAAGUAAGGAAAAAUAAUAAAUAAACUUGUGACUUGUGGUUCUGUUUAUCUUAUAGAUGGUAACAUCAAAAAAUUUCUUCAUCUAGUCUCUUACUAUUAUUUAAAAUCAAGUUUUAAAAAAAUACCCCGUUUUGUAAUUUUAAAAGUAUGGUGUAUAUCGGUUAGAUUUGGUCCUGAACACUAAAAGCUCCAAUCAAGGAAGAACUCUGUGUUUUCUGCUAAUUUAAUGACAUAAGUGUUAAGAGAACCACAAUUUAUUCACUUAAUUCUCAUUCCUAACUGUGAACUUUUGUGAUAAACUUGUACUACUGAGAAAAAAUAUUUUGACACUUCACAUAUGCAAGUAGAGAAUUGAUAAGUGUCAGUUUCAAAAAUGAUUUUGUAUUUAAAGUUUCUGGCUUACGUAUCCAAUGGUGCAGAUUUUGAAAUUUGUAAGAACAAAUUUGUUUUUAAAAAAACCAAAAACUUGCUCUAGUUUUGUGACCUUGUGUACUUUUGAAAUAAAAUCAAGAAAGCAG